AGAAGUUUCUCAAUUUGUCAAAGUUAGGACUUUGAAGAAGUUUAUGUAUUUAUAGUGUGAGGAGAUACUUUUUGCCUCUCUUUCACCCUUUACCGUUGCUGGUAGUGGUUGUCUGGCUUUCUUGAUUCACAGUGCUGUUGGAAGUGAAGACACGUCGUGCCUAACGUCUUAUCAUGACAACAAGGUGGAUCAUUCAUUCUUUGAUUUAACUGGGCCAAAAAAACUAUAACUAGACCGACUUACCAGUAGCACCUUCACACCCACAUUGCAAACUUCCUCCUUUCUUUGCAGCUGUCUCCUGAGGAAGAAUGACUCAGAUUAACACUAAAGUGGUCAUGGUCCUCUUAGGACUCUCUUUUUUAUCAUGUUGCACUUCAAAACAGCUAAGUGAUGAAGAUGAUAUUAUGAAGCUCAGCCUAUCAGAUAAUAGUGGCUCUGGUGGAGGUGAAUCAAUCAGAUCUCCUGCUAUGACAGAGUGGUUAGCUACCAAUUUGCCAGGAAUCAGGCGUUUAUUAGGAAGGAAAUAUGAAGAGAAGAUUAAUUCUGCUAAUGAGGUCAAACAUUUAGCUGGUGCAGAAACAGAGAAAAUGAUUACUGCAGCUAAAAGCAGCCACACCCAUCAUCAUCACCACCAUAGAAAGAGAACAUCUACAAAGAGUGCAGUUCCAUCAACCUUUGUCAAUGAGCAGAAAAAUGAAGAGAACAAUGUUGCUGCAAAAGAGAUGAAUACAUUUUCCUGGCAUAAACACAAUGAAAAAUAUGACAAAACAAUCUUUCAUGUGGAUUAUAGUGGGCCUAAAACACACCCUCCCAAGAACAACUAGGAGCUUUAAUCUUAUAGCAAGCAGUAGCAUGAUGUCAUUUUCUACUAGAAAUCAACACAAAGAGUGAGAAUCCUGGAUCUGGUAUGUACGAACACUAUAUAGACCUAGAUUUAAGAAAUUACAGUGAUAAAAUACUUCUCUCUUGAUGAGAACAAUGUUAGGGAGGACUAGUGUACCUUUAUUUAAAACUCUAAAUGAUAUAAAAUGAAAAAGUUAUAUGUA